GUACGACAAAAGCAGCAAGCAGCAGGAGCAGGGCCCCCAAGGGAGGUGGCUUCGUCAUUGCCUGCUGCUCUGGCCGGAAAGGCACUUGCUGCACCCUGGAGCUUACCUUAGUCCAACCUCGCGCAGCCCCGAUCACCUCUCCCCACGCUGCCGCCCGACAAGUCUGCUUGUCCGUAUCAUAACUCUCUUUCAACCCGACCAUUAUUCUGUCAGCCUCAAGCCUUUCACUUUUUGGGUCAGCCUUCAACAUUUAUCGGACCUUGCGAUCAUCAACCACAUGCUUGUCGCAUGCCGACAGACAAGUGCCUUCCAUCAUUCCCACCCCUCCUCCCCCCCGCAGCUCCCGGCUCAGCUGCGCAUCCCCGAUUGCGCAUCCUGUUUGAGACUGCAAACCCUUCUGGAAGAUUGAAUACCGACCUAUAGCUUUGUUUGCUAUUCCUUCCAAUCCGACACCGACGCGAUGUGGAACGAUGAGGAUAAUAAUCCCUAUGCCGAGGGCUUUGACCGGAGAGACAGCCUGACUUCCUCUUCUGCCAACCCAGCUUCUCCUACUACUCGUGAGUACCAGCGAUUCGACAUCCCUCAGACGCCGUCGACCACAAGCGAUGAGGCGCCUCAGAAUCGCUCUCAUACCCUCGAAGACAGCGAAGCUGAGAGCAGCGAUAAUGAGCCGAUUGCUAGAGACAGAGGCGAUCUUGUCCCGCGUCCCAAGCCCGGCGGCUACGAAAGCCGCGUCGAACAGAUCCUCUGGGAGAAUCCGACCAUGACUAUCCUCAUUACUGAUGCAGGAAAGAGCGCGGAGAGCGGUGGAAAAUACAUUGUGUACACCAUUAGGACAGGCAACCUCGAAGUGCGCCGACGAUACUCGGAAUUUGCGUCUUUGCGUGAGGCAUUGACGCGGCUGCACCCUACCCUGAUUAUACCCCCCAUCCCCGAGAAGCAUACCAUGGCCGACUACGCCGCGAACCCUACGAGCGCAAAGCAAGAUCAGCAGAUUAUUGACCUGCGCAAGCGCAUGCUUGCCGUGUUCUUGAAUCGAUGCCGCCGCAUGGAGGAGGUCCGAACAGACGGUGUUUGGUGGAGAUUCCUGGACCCCAAUGCUAGCUGGAGUGAGGUCCUGCACUCUCACCCAGUCGCAUCAGUGCCCAAGUCAGUCCUGAAGGCACCUCCUUUGGAUCCUGCGAAUCCCACCCCUGCUCACAACUUCCUUCCUGUACCAUCAACUUCCGCUAAGCUCAAGACAACGGGCGGCCCUGGUGUCGACCCCGGCGCGAUCGCUGGAACUGGAUCGCAUGUCUUUGGCCGAUUCCCUCCCGACAGCCACACCCUGAGCGAGCAAGAACUUGACCCCUACUUCAUCACGUAUGAGGCAUCUAUCAAGGAACUGGAGCAGCUGUUGUCGGGAUCUAUGGAGAAGGUCAACCGUCGGACCUUGAGCCACCUAUCUGCACUGGCAGCGGAUCUUUGCGAACUGGGCUCCAAGUUCAAUGCGUUCGCGCUGUCAGAACAGGCACCCUCUUUGGGCCCUGCCCUCGAGAGAGUGGGACAGGCGGCAGACUCCUCCUACAUCGCUACUGAGGAGCUUUCUGGCUCUCUGGGUGCGAGUUUCGCGGAGCCUAUGCGGGAGAACGCGCAGUUCGCAGGUGUUGUCCGCAGCGUGCUGAAGUACAGGGUGCUCAAGCGAGUACAGCAGGAACAGACCAGCGACGAACUUAGCAAGAAGAUUGCGCUGCUGGACCAGUUGGAGCGCAGCGAGCAGGAAGCCAAGCGCAUCGAACAGUACCUCAGUAGCAGCCAACAAAUUGCUCCCGCGCCGAAGCGAUCUACGAGCCUUAGAGAAGCGAACUCAUCACACCAUCAGCGCGAGGGCAGCGCCGAAGACACAGCUUCCAUCGACUCCGACUUCCCUCCUACUCACGGCGAGCCGGUUCCCACCGCAACCCAGGGAGUUCCACAGAGGAGCAACUCGACUCCGGGCCAUAAGAAGGCCGCGAGCAGCAACUCAAUCACGAACAAAAUUUUCGGACCGAUUCGUCACGCUAUUCAAGGUGUAGCUGACGUCGACCCCGAGAGAACUCGUCGCGACAUGAUUGGAAAGACGAGGGAGAGUAUCGAGCAGCUUGAGCAGGCCAAGGUGGUUUCUGAGCACGAUGUGAAGGAAGCCAGCGCAAGCAUCUUGAAGGACUUGAAGAGAUUUCAGGGAGAGAAGGAAGAGGACCUGCGACGUUACAUGCUGGCAUAUGCAAAGAGCCAAAUUGAGUGGGCCAAGAAGAACAAGGAGACCUGGGAGGAUGCCAAAGCCGAGGUCGCCAAGAUUGACGAAAGUUAAGGGCAUGGUCGGUUCAUGAGGGAGAAAGGGAAUUCGCGCAAUGAUAUCAAAACAGACAGGGCUCAGAGGCCUCGAGCUGUUUCCAGUAAUUUGAUGAGGCGUUGAGUCUACCGGGCGGCUGGCGUGGGACAGCAAGGCUCAUUUGGCGUUUACGAGGGAUUCGACAUUCGUAAAAGUCAUGGGAUAGUCAAAGACAAUUAAUCAACUCAGUUCAAAGUA